AUGGACGAGGUGGAAGACCUGGUGCUUACACCCUUCCGGGACAUUGUGGAAAAGGCCAAGCAGGCUGCCCUCAAUGCCGGCGACGACAAUCCCGAAAUGCUCAAGGCCGCCAACACCCUGUCCAGAGAGGGCGACCGCGGCCUGCGACGCAUUGAACCCCUAUGUCACAAGCAACUGGUCGACUACGGUCCCAACUUUGUUGCUGCUCUGAAGGAUAAUGAUCAAAUUGCCAACUUCCGAAGUGAACUUACAGACUUGCUAUGGGAAUUCGAAGACUACAUCGAAGUAGAUGACUUCGACGCCUCGAAAUUCACCGAACUGCAGGCCUUGUCUCGCAAAGCCGCUCCCAAGAUCUACGACAUCCUGAUGAGGUUGAAGCUUGAAGUGCCGUUUCGUGAUGAUAUGUCGUCUCGGGGAUCGUUUGCGCAAACGUCCGUGUCUACGCCGGCGAGCCCUCCCAUCGCCCCUAUAGCCGUCUCAAUUCCUGUGCCUGUGCCGCGACGAACACCAUCAGAGACUUUUCAGGAGAGUCGUGGGGUCGAGGAUGCCACUGCCCAGUUGAAGGGGCUAAUGCGCGGUUCUGGGAGUGUCGAGGGUAGUGUAAGCGAUCCGGGCUAUGACUCUGGCGAUUACCCUCCCAAACCACCGCUGACGAAUCCUUGGGAUUGGACGAUGAAGCCUGGCGAAACCGAACCGCGGUCCCCAGAGGAUGUUGCGAGGGAACGGAUGAUACUGGCGGACGAGUCUCCUGUGCUGCCAUCUGCGUCGGAUGUUACCCUCUCUGUUGUGCAACCGCUUAACCUCAGUGCUAUCCCACCAAGCUCUCCCCCAGCCGAUCCACGUUUGAGCGAUCCGCGUCUCAGCGACCAGCGUCUAAAUGGUCAGCGUCUAAGCACAAGCAGCACUGGCAGCGUCUCCAGCGGUCACAGCUACAGCCCAUUUCCUCAUCCUCGCUCAAAAGGUUCCGCCCUGAUGUCAUACUCGAUUCCCGAGAAUUCAACUCUAGACACGGCUCCUACAUCUCCUUCGGAUCUUCAUUCCCCACGAUCACCACGAUCCCCUCAAUCCCCACCGCAGACUCGGAAGCUCUCUGCUGCGCUCUCAGUCACAUCGGAGCCUGCCAUGCCCAGUGAAAACCCACCUCGAUCAGACUCCCUCACUAGCCCAACAAUGUCCCCAAAUCCUUAUAUCCUCAACAGACAGUCAGCGCCAGCGGCUCCAGGCCAUCCCCAACGUUACGCUUCGCCGCCACCAGUAGCACCUCUGCCACCACCGCCUCAACGAGUAGCAUCACCGCCCACUUCGCCGGCAGCAUCGCCAAUAUCGCCAACCCAAAUAUUGGCAGCCCAGGCAACGUCACUCCCACAGACCGUGAAUUCAAGUGAACGGGCCGGACUUGAACCCAUCCCACGGUCUGCCGAAGAACUGGCAGCAAUGGACUUUGGCCCCAUCCCCGUCGAUUCCGAGCAGGAGAAGAACGAGUCCAAUGUUGGGUUCGCUUCCAAGAUCAACGCUCAGGAAUGCAUGAUCGACAACACAAGUUCAUUUUGGAUCGCCAAGGGAUUCUGUGAUGGCGCACAGGAAGUCAUCCGGGGUGGCAUUGGCGUCAAGCGGACCAAGAAACCAGUUGGUUAUGCUAGCCAUGCCACCAUUGCGAGAUGUUCGAGCUGCUUAUACGAACUUGAUUUCACUCAAAUCGAGGCUGAUGUGAACAAAGAAGAGAGGGGCAACUUUUCAAGAAACGGCAUCAACUUUAGGGUCAGAUUCCUGCAAAAAUCCCAUCUUGCGACCAAGAGAAUCGACGAUGUUCAAUAUGGCUGCAUUUAUUGUAUUCGAGCUGGCCACACGCUGGAUAAGAGCGAUGCGACGGUCUUCUUCAACCAGAAGGCCCUGUUCGAUCACCUUGCCCGGCACCCCCGCCCCUUACCAGACGUCUCCGGUGUCGUCACUAUUGAAGGGCCCGAGAUGCCCGCCCAGUAUGUUAACGACUACGAUAUCCACUUCCCCAACCCACCCCAGCGUCAUCCUUGUAUCGAGAGACGCGAGGAGAUCAUGGGACAUCCCAGCGGCGUAUCAAAGGAUCAAGCUCGACGCAUCUACGGCCAGAUGUUACUCUACGAUAGGACCCCGGCUCUUGAGUUGGGACACAACGCGAGAAUCACUGGUAUUACCUGGCCUGAGCAGUAUCUCGGUGAUUGGUGUUUCGCGUGGCAUGACGGAACGCAAGCAUCCGUCCCCUUCGAACUCAUCAGAUUCGACCCUCCCCCGAGCAAUUUGAUUCGAUACGAUAGGAGCAGUCUGCUUCAAGCAAAGGCCAGGUGGAAGUUUUCUGUCAAGGAAAAGAACAAGGACAAGGAUACGGUGAACUGGCUCAAGUUCGACAAGGGCGAUGUGAUUACCAAUAUAUCUUAUGUUAACGCGGAUAAUUGGUGUUGGACUGGCACGAAUUCCAAGGGCAAGACGGGCAUUUUCCCCAAGGACUUCAUCGACACGAAGCAGCUGCAUGCUGUCGCAACACCGUCCUCCGCCCGAGCCCUCUCCAUAAGCGAGGAGAAGAAUCGCUCCCUGUCCGUUUUCAGCAAGCUGGGAAAGCGCAAGAACUCGAGUGCUCGACCUCCCAGCAUCGCAGGCUCAACUAGUAGCCACGAAACAGGACUUUCGGCCACCAAGAACGCAGUAAACUGGCGGUAA